CUCCGCAGGCUGCAAGAUCCCGUCACCCUGUUGUCGGUGGGACACAUCUAGGCCGUUGUCUUACUCGUUCGUCUUGCAAAACCCUUCAGCUUCAAAUAGCCAAGCAUGCGUGCAUUUAUCCAACAUUUACCAAGAGUCAAACCGUCGAUCGGUUUUUUUGGCUGUGGCAAAGAGCAUCAAUCACUUGCCAAAGGCACUUGCGCUUCAGGAAAACCACAAUAUCUCCCAGUUAAGAACGCGACAUAUGGUAUGUGUCGUUGAUGUAGAUGGCGUCACGGAAGCGAACAACCACUCGCAGAUCUCUGACUCAAUGAAAGCCCGACCUCGUCGUGGUUAUGCUUCAUAAUGAGGACCAGCUUAUUGGAGGCCAAGCUAUUAUUUUAAAACCGGCGGCCUCGAGUGGGAAGAUACGAGCUUUACCUGUAUAUUUCAUCUACAGAUCGCCUCCGAAUGUUGCCAGGGCUCGGAAAAACACCACUCCUUCCUCGUUUUUUUUAAAGAAAAAGAACCAAUAUGACUACACCACCUCGCCGUGUCAUCGUUUUCUCUCAUGGCCGAACGGCUUCUAACGUCUUUUACAAGAUCCUCCGAAGUCACCCAAUAUUUCAUGCCACAGAAUCCAACACCUUUCUUUUAGCCUUUGGCAUUGGAACAGAUAGCCAGAGCGCACGUAGCAAGGACAAAUGGCAACGGUAUUUCAAUCUGAGCGAUGAUGAAGUAUCAAAAAUUAGUUAUCAAAGCAAAUUGGACGACCUAGAGAGGAUGAUGGCUGAAGCUGACCUACAGGGAAAAUGUUUCUUGGCCACCGAACAUCCAUACAUCCUAAUGUCAUCCGCAGAUAUCCAUUCACAUAUCAACAUUCCCGGGCGAGAAACACUGCCCGUACCCGUAAUCGAAGACCGGAUGCUCGAUGUUACCGGUAUCGCCAACACAAACACAAAACCAGAACCAAGCGACCCACUGACAGUCAUCCCAAGUCACAUACGCAACCCAACACUACUCCCUAACCGGAUCUUCUUCUCCGUCACUCCCAUCAUCACCAUCCGCCACCCCGCACGAGUCAUUCCUUCUUACGCUCGCGCUGUCGUAAAUUCCUAUGGAACCGAUACAUCCGAUCUUGACAUCCCAAUCGGAGGUGGUGGUUUCUGUCUUGACCGUCUCGUAUUUGACGCGUUCAAAUCGUUCGAUGAGUCCAUAGCAGCAGCUGAAGAUCGACAACCGAGAGUUCCUAUCGUCGUUGACGGGGAUAGGUUGGUUCGGGAUCCACAAGGCCAGAUGAAGAAAGUGUGCGAAGUGUUAGGGAUUGAUGCAGAUUUGUUGAAAUACUCGUGGGAAGCGAAUCUCGAUACGGAGGAGAGUAAGAGACCCGAAGGGUUUUUAAGUGUGUUGCAUCGGUCUACUGGGGUUGUUCUCGAUCCUGUGAGUAAACUGCAUUCCUUCCAAGUUGAUUGAUCGUUGUAUGACCCACUUCAAAUGAUGACAGAGGUAUGACAAGCCGCUUGAUUUGCAAGAAGAAGUCAGGGAUUGGGCGAAAAAAUGGGACGAGGAGACUGCUAGGAACUUGGAGGAGAUGGUGGUUGACGCAAUGGAGGAUUAUGAAUAUUUGCUUCAGUAUAGUAUUUGAUGAUUUCUUCGUAACCGCAGUCAGAUUGGAACGUACUCUUGUCAACUCGGAAUAGCAUCAAUUCUCGAC